UCUAGUCUGGUUGUUUUCUCUCACACUCAGAGCUGAGAAGGCAGUAAGAUCACCCGUGAGUGUCGGCAUUUACCUGUCAAUACACGGAAUAACAUUACCAGUUUAGCAUUGGGAUUAUUUCUAGUUUCGACUAGCAAAUUGCAAAAGCUUAUCUUCACGGUCCAGCCAUGGGUUUGAACGGGGCGGCGUGGCAGGGAGAGGGGGAUUUAAAUGUCUCUUUCGUCCCAACAGCUUCUUUUGAUUUGAAGUAAACGGUGCACCCGAGCAGAAUUGAGCUGUGUUUCUUUACACGUUACACUGAGAUACAAGUUGUUGUUCGUCAAUUACGGAACAGCAGAAUCUUUACACACGUGGUUUGUUAGUUUUUGUUUAUAAUUGUGGAGUAUUUAGUUUUCCUGGAGAGCGGAGGUGGCGAACUGAAAGCGACUCACCGAGUCGGGACUGACCACUGGAGUUGGUCCUGAAAAUGGAGGCUGUUAUCGAGAAGGAAUGCAGCGCGCUUGGAGGACUUUUCCAAACUGUUAUCGGAGACAUGAAGAGCAGCUACCCUAUCUGGGAGGACUUUAUCACCAAGGCCGGCAAACUACAGUCCCAACUCAGGGCGACAGUGGUUGCUGUGGCGGCUUUCCUGGAUGCCUUUCAGAAAGUGGCCGACCUGGCUACCAACUCACGAGGUGGGACCAAAGACAUUGGAUCAGCGUUGACCAGGAUGUGUAUGAGACAUCGCAGCAUAGAAUCUAAACUAAAACAGUUCUCCAUGGCCUUCCUGGAGGGUUUGAUCAGCCCUCUACAAGAACAGGUGGAGGAGUGGAAAAGAGGAGUCAACACUUUGGACAAGGACCAUGCUAAAGAGUAUAAAAGAGCCCGGCAGGAAAUAAAGAAGAAGUCCUCGGACACACUGAAACUUCAGAAGAAAGCAAAGAAAGGUCGAGGUGAUAUCCAACCCCAGUUGGACAGUGCCAUGCAGGAUGUCAGUGACAAAUACAUUCUGCUGGAGGAGACAGAGAAGCAGGCCCUGAGGAAGGCUCUUAUAGAGGACAGACAGAGGUUCUGCUGGUUCGUAGCCAUGCUGCGGCCUGUAGUGGAUGAGGAGAUUUCUAUGUUGGGAGAGGUCACCCAUCUCCAGGCUAUCUCUGAUGACCUCAAAGCCCUGACCUCUGACCCGCACAAGCUUCCCCCUGCUAGUGAACAGGUGAUCUCGGACCUUAAGGGCUCAGACUAUGGUUGGUCAUAUCAAACGCCGCCCUCAUCCCCCAGCACCACUACGUCCAGGAAGUCUAGCAUGUGCAGUAGUCUGAACAGUGUUAACAGUAGUGACUCCAGGGGAUCCAGUGGCUCUCACUCUCAUUCUCCUUCCUCCUCUUCUUCCUCCUCUUCCUCACACCACCUCUUCCACCACCAUCACCCCUGCCAUCGGUACCGUAGCUCCACGCUACCCCAGCAGGCCCCAGCCCGGCUCUCCAGCAUUUCCUCCCACGACUCGGGCUUCAUUUCUUCAUCACACGACCAAUACACAUCGUCCAAAUCAUCCUCGCCCAUGGCAGCUGAAACAAAGCCUUGUCCCAGUUCCAGGUCCUCUGAGGUAUCAGAGACUGGGCAGCUCCACAGUGACUGCAGCUCCCCCUCUCCUCUAGCUGCUGCUAGUGCACCUCAGCACGAUACUGACAAGUUGUCCAAUGGUUUUGACCACUACAGUCCGGCUCAUUCCCCCUACAUGCAUAGCAACGGGGGGAGUUUGGGUUCAGGGUCAGGCACCGCCUUCCCCUUCUUCCCUCCUUCCUCCUCAUCCUGCACCACCUCCUCCUGCCCCACUCGCUCAUGGUCACGUCCCGCCUCAGCCUUGCUGCCAGACCACCCUCAAAACUGCACGUUGGGCUCCCCCAUGGUGCCUUCAUCACGAGUCCCCAGCUGGAAGGACUGGGCUAAGCCGGGCCCUUAUGACCAGCCCAUGGUCAACACACUGAGGAGGAAGAAAGACAAGGGUCCCCCAGCUGUAGUGGACAUUAAUAGUAGUGUGAGUAACGGUAGCAGCCCGGCCAUGACCUCGACCGCAGCACCAGCUACACUACAAACCUCAGUGGAGGAGAAGAACAGAACUGUGGCUGCACCUCUCAAGGCUGGUGAUAUUGAGGCCCAUGAGGAACUGGCUCUGGCCUUAACCAGAGGUCUGGAGCUGGACACCCAGAGGUCCAGUAGAGACUCCAUCCAGUGUUCCAGCGGCUACAGCACACAGACCAACACACCCUGCUGCUCUGAAGACACAAUACCUUCACAAGUAUCAGACUAUGAUUAUUUCUCAAUGGCCGGAGAUCAGGAGCCUGAGCAGCAGCACUCUGACUUUGACAAGUCCUCCACCAUCCCCAGAAACAGUGACAUCAGUCAGUCCUACCGACUCAUGUUCCAGAGCAAACGGCCGGCCUCCACCGCCGGCCUGCCCAGCACUCAGGCUCCUUACUAUGGACAGGGGGCUUACUCUGCAGGGCCCUAUCCCCCAACACCGAUCCACACUGGGGCUUAUCCUCCUACACCGACAGGCCCGUGUUCAGGUCAGGGAUGUUAUUCUGGAUCCAGCUCCCAUAAUGCCUCUGGGUCCUAUUCUACAGGCCACGGUCCAGUUAUUGUCACCCCUGGGGUUGCCACAAUCCGCCGCACCCCCUCUUCAAAACCUUCCGCCCGCCGGUCAGGCUCAGUUGUGGGCACAGGCCCCAUCCCCAUUCGUACACCUGUCAUUCCAGUAAAAAUCCCUACGGUGCCCAAUAUGUCUGCAGCAGUUAAUGGGAGCAGGGCUGCAGAGGAGAGGGGACGAGGAAGAGAAGAAGAAAGCCCAACAUAUGCAGGAGGGGACAGUGCUGGCACGCUGCCUGUGAUGUCCUGGAGCGGUCAGGCUACAACCAAUCCUCCCACUGUACCCCUGCCCAACCUGCAGCAGCUUCACAGUGAGAUGGGGCUGGAAGGAGGAGGAGAGGAGGCAGGAGAAGAGUUGGAAGGCAACAUGCUGUUGGCCAUCCGCAAGGGGGUGAAGCUCAAGAGAACCCUCACUAAUGACCGCUCCGCACCACGCAUCGCAUGAUGACGUGACACAAGAGCUUGUGUCACAGAAAUGAGGCUCUCCCUUCAUUGUGUUUGUAAAAUGAGGUCAAAGGCUUCAGAAAAAACAUUGCUGAUAGAAAUGUGAUGUUCAGAAUCAAAAGGCUUCUUACUCUAGUAUGAGAAAUGUAUUACACCUGUUCUACAUGUAGCGUUUCUCAUUGUGUAAACUAUCAUCUGUGGGAAUCCCUCACUGCAGAAGCCAUCUAUAAUGAUUCAAUAUUGAUAUGCUAUUGUUCAGGUUCACUCUUUCUGAUUUGGCUUAUGAUGCCUCAGAAAAUGUGUCGAGCUCGGUUGGUUAAAUUAUUGAUUUGGACCUAAAAUGGAUCACAGGCCCACUCGUGAUAGAGCCUUGUAAAAGUCCAGUUAUUAUACGAGCCACUACGAGUGCAAGGUGAGACCUCAUUUCUUACAUAGUUCCUGGAAUAAAGGUUUUCGCCGUAAACACCAACAAGUUUUUUUGCAACUCCAAGCCCACAGCUGUGUAAUGACAUAUGGAUGUAGCAUUACACCACAGCACGUUCACCAAGAGGACAGUAAAGACAUAUUCUACACACAUGUAUCCAGUAUUCUUCCUGAAGCAGAGGGAUAGACGAGGACAAUGCGUCUGCCUUCUCAGUGUAAAAAGACACUGUGUAUAAUAUAUGUAAACUCAUUGUUCAGGGAGUGCGUUGUACCAUGGUGGGACAAAUAAGCAUUCUAACUGCGCGGUGACUUUGCCGGAGGAGCGCAAUCACCAAUGUAAGUACUUCACAGCAUCAAGAGAGCAAUAUUCAGACACGCUUGAAAGCAGUGGCUCCAGUGGUCGGCUUUGGUUUGCACCAUUCGCAUCGCUUGAAUUAAAUUGACUGCUUACUCGGAGGGACGCCCUGAUGGCUGCAGAAAGGUGCUGUGUUGUCAAAGCUGUCGUCCACUCACACAUGCUUCAAUAUGACGUCAGCAGAGCCAACAAGGACAGGUGUAUGACCAAUGCAGAGUAUUAGCACCCAGCUUUGUGUCGCAGCCUGAGCUUCAUCAAAGUUGUAGGAGACUACAGCGCGACUAAAGCGUCGCAUGGUUGUUGCCUUGACAUUAACAGACACUACGGGGUUGCGUCCUGUUCUAGUUGUUUUAGUAUUUACAUGAUUUGUAAAUAAUUGUGCACGUCUCUGUUGGUGCUUCUCACUCUCUGUAUUUCCUUGUACUCGUCCACGGUGCCACAAUCACAAAGUUUCACAGCUCUCAACCCCGAUGCUUAUCGAUUUAAUGUAAUGAUCAGCAAACCCCAUGACCUUUGGGAUAUGAAUUCAUUUUAUUCUUCAUAAUUAUUUUUCCAGUAUGAAUUCAUCAUUUAAUCUGCAAUAUCUACAUGCUGAGCUUUGUAGAACUCCUCAGUGGUUUGUGUUCAUAUAUUAGCAUUUAUAUAUUAGCCCCUUUCUUUUUCGUAGCAUUUAUUAGCCAUACUACAACAUACCUAAAAAAAUGUCAAAGAACAGAUGUGCCAUUUCAAAACUCAACGUUAAAUCAAAAUCUAUAUAUAUAUAUAUUAUUAAACAUUUUAUAGAAGCUAAGGAGGACAAAUAUGUGUUGAUGUUUUUGAAAGUUCUGAGUAGAAAGCUGUUAAUGGUAAUGCCGUACGGUUAUUCUGUCUGAUUGCUGUUAUAUUGAACUCUUUGUUGUCUUCUUUGAGACGCAUGUAGCGUGCAUGCUCUUGUCCUUUUCCAUUCAUUAGGUUUUCAUCUCCAAUUAUGAUGUUUCAAGUUUUUGCAAUAGCAUCAACGGUUACAAGUCCAUUACGUACAGAUUGUGUUACCCUAAAAAUUAGGAAACUGCAUUAAAUUCCGUUGUAUUAUUUAAGAAAUACAUCAUCAUAGGAGGUACAAUUUCAAAUAUUGUUUUUUUCUUUUUAUCUAGACAAUAAGAUGUUUUGGAGAUAUGAGGCUUCAGACUGCAGCAUUGUAAGACUAUAGGCUGAAACCAAUUAGUAUCCCUGAGUCAUAGUUUGUAUUUUAAUUUUCAGUUCAGUUCGAGCACUGUGAGACCAUGGCUACUACAAGAUGUAUGCAACUGUAAAUGUUAUUAAGCUAUACAGGUUAGUCCAAGAACUCACAUUUUUUAUUUAUUUUAUUCUUCUCAGUCUUUAAAUCUCUGUUGUUCUCAACCUAUUUUUAUACGUAUAUAAAAUAUCGGAGUAUUAGAUUUGUGUACUCUAUCCAUGCAUGUACUAUCUGAUGAUGUGUUGUUUCAUCAGUGAAAUGUUCUCAUGACCGUCCUGCUACGAUUCAUUAAAGUCCCUUAUUUCACGCA